UAAAAACUUAGAGAGAGAGAGAGAGAAACUAUGAAGUGCAAAAAAAAGACCAAAGUACUAUUAGUUCCAUAUCCAGCACAAGGUCAUGUAACACCAAUGAUUAAACUAGCUUCAUUGCUAAUUAAUCAUGGCCUUAAUCCAAUAGUCAUAAUUCCAAAUUUCAUUAAAAUUGACUCUAAAGAUGUGAAUAUUUCCAUCAUAUCUAUUUCAGAUGGGCUAGAUCAAGAUGGACUAAUAACAUCUCCCCCUCGCGAUUUCUUCGCGAUAGAAAAUUCUAUGGAGAAUUACAUGCCAUGUCAAUUCGAAAAGAUAAUUCGAGAUCAAGAAGAAUGUGGAAUCUUAUGUUUGAUUGUUGAUUUGCUUGCUUCAUGGGCUAUUGAAAUUGCCAAUAAAUGUGGUAUUCAAGUUGCUGGAUUUUGGCCAGCCAUGUUAGCUACUUAUAAAUUGAUUAAUUCAAUUCCAGAAAUGUUACAUGAUGGAAUCAUCUCUGAAACAGGUUGUCCAUUACACAAUGAUCCAAUAUGUCGAUCAUUUUGUCAACCUACAAUUACCUCACAAGAUUUACCAUGGCUUAUUGGAAAUUCAAAUGCAAGAAUUUCAAGAUUCAAGUUUUGGACAAGAACCAUGGAGAGAACAAGAACCCUUAAGUGGUUACUAAUAAACACUUUUCAAGAUGAAUGUCACAAGGACCAAAAAAAUACAACAAAUUUUAAUACACAAAUUCUCCCAAUUGGGCCAUUGAACACACAUGUAACAAUCAAGAAUUCAAGUUUUUGGAAGGAAGAUUCAAGUUGUUUGGAUUGGCUAGAUAAACAAGUUGUUAAUUCAGUUUUGUAUAUUUCUUUUGGGAGUUGGGUGAGUCCAAUUGGUGAAGCAAAAGUGAAUAGUUUGGCAUUGGCACUUGAAGCAACAAAAAGGCCUUUCAUUUGGGUGUUAGGCCCAUCAUGGAGACAAGGUUUACAAAAGGGCUAUUUGGAGAGAAUUUCAAAACAAGGGAAAAUUGUGUCAUGGGCGCCACAAAUGGAUGUGCUACAACAUAAAGGUGUGGGGUAUUAUCUGACACACUGUGGAUGGAACUCGACGAUGGAAGCUAUACAGUCCAAGAAACGCCUUCUGUGUUAUCCGAUCGCAGGUGAUCAAUUUGUAAACUGCGCUUAUAUUGUUCAGAAAUGGCGUAUUGGCGUCAGAAUUGAUGGUUUUAGAGUGAAAGAUUUGGAAGGAGGAUUGAGAAAGGUCAUGGAGGAUGAUGGAAUGAGUGAAAGAAUUGAUAGGCUAAAUGAGAUGACAAUGGGAAAAGUGGCUAGUUGUAAAGCUAUGGAUAACUUGACAACUUUCCUUUCUAAUGUUAGGAUGUGAAAAAUUUAUACCAAAAAAGAAAAUAAUAUAUGCUUCAUACGAUAUGGUUGAUAUAAAUGAGCUUGUGUAUAUUGAAUGCUAACUUGGUAAAAAAAAAAUUGUCCUUCCACAUCAUUGAUGCAAGGGCGGAGCUUGAACACCUUUCGCUGAAUAAUUAUUGCCUAAAUAAGUCAUAUGCGUAUAUUAUAUUUCGAAUACUUAAUGAAAUUUCUAGCUUCAGCAUUGUAGUCAGGCUUGUUGAAACUUGAUGAAAAUAUUCAACUUUCUUCCUUAGAUUUUGAAUAUCCUUGUAAAGAACAAGUGUCUU